AUGUCGGUCAUUCUAUGCACAGAUCUAAGCUUCUGGGAAGCCCUAAGCGGCAUCUGCUUCCCGCACGAUUCCCCUCACCCCGACUCGCAAGUCAAUCGUCUAUGUAUAUCGCCGGACAAACGCUACCUUGCCGCCGCCGGACACCACACCGUCAAGCUCUACGACAUCAAGUCGACGAACCCAAACGCCAUCCUCACCUUCGACGGCCACACGUCCAACAUCACCGGCGUCGCGUUCCACUGCGAGUCCAAAUGGCUCGUCACUUCGUCUGAGGACGGGACCGUGAAGAUCUGGGACACACGCAGCGGUAACGUCCAGCGCAACUACACCCACGGCGUGCCUGUCAACGACGUCGUCAUCCAUCCGAACCAAGGCGAGCUCAUCAGCUGUGACCGCGGCGGCAACGUGCGCAUCUGGGACUUGGGCGAGAACAAAUGCUCGCACCAGCUGAUCCCCGAGGACGAUGUGUCCGUGGCGUCUGUAACCGUCGCAUCAGACGGCAGCAUGGUGUGCGCGGGUAACAACGCCGGCAACGUCUACGUCUGGCGCAUGAUCCAGCGUCACGAUACCACCUCCAUCAUCCCCGUGUGCAAAUUCGCCGCCCACUCAACCUACAUCACCCGCGUCCUGCUCUCCCCAGACGUCCGCCACCUCGCCACCUGCAGCGCCGACCACACCGCGCGCAUCUGGUCCCUCGACACUUCCACCCCGCACAACCUGCAGCCCGGCGACCAGCUGCCGUCCGCCGCCGAGCGCGACCCCGCGGCCUUCCCGCUCGAAACUACACUGCACGGCCACCAGCGCUGGGUCUGGGACUGCGCGUUUAGCGCGGAUAGCGCGUACUUGGUCACGGCGUGUAGUGAUCAUUAUGCGAGGCUGUGGGAGCUGGGCAGUCAGAGUAUCAUUAGGCAGUAUAACGGACAUCAUAGGGGUGCGGUGUGUGUGGCGCUGAAUGAUACCGCGGUGGGUAAUUAGGAGACGCCUGCUGUUGCGCCGAGUAAGAAGCGGGAUAGUCUGCUGUGUGAGAUGUGGAAUGAGGUGGAGAUUUGAAAAUUGCAUUAGCGAUGGCGUUAGGGUAUAUGGGUGUG